ACGCAUUUUAAUUGCUUCCGACGAUUUCUUUGUUCUGGACGUCGGUGUUUCUUUUGAUGUUUGGCGGUAAUAAAAAUCUACGGUAAUUGUUGUUUACAUGAAAGUGGGUCAGUUAAGUGUAUCUGCUUGAGUAGGCAGGCGGGAUGACAUCACCCCUUCAUGUAUAUAGCUUGACUAAGUACCGGGACAUGUAAAUUUAAGCUCAUUUCUUUUGCAUGUUCUCAACCGAUAAGCAUUGUGUUCACACUUAACUGAAAUAAAAUAAUUAAUAUAAAUUAUAGUUUAGAAUUAUUCUAUGGGAUAUUAAAAUAAAAUAAAUUAGUUAACAUGAUGUGGAAUUAUUCUUGCAGGUAUGCAACCCCAGCAUUUUCAAGUGGUAUUACAUCAAGCAGCACCUCUACGCUCACGCCAACAACCCUGAGCAACCUGGAACAGACAUUCAUUGAGUUGCAGUCCGUGCCAAGCCGCACUAUGCAGAAUCCCAUUACUCAAAGUGGUUUUGUGCCACCAAUCGUUCACUCGGCUCUUCAGUCAGAUAAUGAUAUCUAUAGCGACAGUAGCAGCAACAUGAGUGCCGAUGACUACUUGCCUUCAGCACCCAAGAAAGUUAAAAUCGGGGAUAAAACAACUACCAUCAUGUCCAAAUAUGAAAUUGAAAAUCCUCAGAGAAAGACGCACAGACGGCAAAUAAGAGAGGAUGAAAUUUCACCCGAGGAGGCACAGCGCAGGAACCUCCGACGUGAACGAAACAAAGUUGCCGCAGCGAAAUGUCGUCAGCGAAGGGUUGAUCACACAAACAGGCUAUUGAACGAAACAGACAAGUUAGAGGAAGAAGGUCGAGCAAUCGAGCAGGAAAUUCAGUCUCUGCAGCAGGAGAAAGAUCAACUUGAGUUCAUUCUUCAGGCCCACAAUCCCAUCUGCAAAGUAAACGGUAGUCGCCAACAUUCUUCUAUUAAAAUCAAGCACGAGCCUGAACGUGAUCAACCGCAAAACUUAACUGUGCCAAUGUCUAGUGAAGCAAAGAAAGAAGUUCCGGCUUUCUCUUCGAGACCGUCAAGUCUGUCACUCUUAAAUCGUGAUGUGAAGAACGAACUUGUCUCUGCUGGCGUUUCAAUAACCACGCCUUCAAGUGGGUUUUACAGUAUAACCCUAGACACUAUGGUAGAUCAUACUGGGUUAACUCCCUUGACAGGAAGUUUAGGACAUACAGGACUUACCCCAUUAACAAGCAUGCCUCAGUCUUGUAGUAGUGAGGUAUCGAAAAAACAAUCAACAUCGAGUGAAAGUUCCGACGGUAUGAAAUCGCCAUCAAAUCUCAUUACUUUGUAGAAUUUGCUUAUUGCUUAACAUAUUAUCAAAUUCAUUGUAUAUUCUCUGAUGCCUUUCAUUAAUGAAUAACUGCUUAAUUUUAAUUUUUUGAAUAUUGUUGUGGGUAUUGUUUUGUUCAAUUUCAACAAAAUUCAUAAUUAAGAAACUUGUUAUUGUAAUUAUAGGGUCACUGCCAUAAAAGUAUCACUGUAAAAAAUGACAAUUAAAACAAAACUCAUCUUACAUAAGUAAAAUGUAUCUGAAGUAUCAAAGAUCUGAUUACAUUGGCAUUUUUUCUGCUCUUUUGUCAUUCAAAUGUAAGGAGUAGGUAUAUAUACAUUUUGUAAAUAUAUAUUUAUGCAUUCAUAGCAUAUUCAUGAGCCAUUACAUAUGAAUGACUCCAUUCAAAUAAGGCUUUGUUAUAUUAUUUUUUUCAUGCUUUGUUUAUAAUUUUGCUGCUGGUCAGUCCAUUUGUUUUAUUUUGUUCCGAUUUUGUUGUAUUCAAAAUUAGUGCUAUUAUGUCUUUUUAUGACCAUGUAUUAUACUGCAUAACAAUGACUUAAACAUUUAUGAAGUUUACUGGAUGUUAUUGUAAAAUUUGUUAAAUUCGAGGGCAUUUCUUGUCCGGCUGAGUUAUUCUGAAGGAAAAAAGCGCCAGUGUCUGGAAACUUUAAAGCUAUCUUUCUCUUUAUUUGUUGUGUGUAUAUGAUAAUUGUCCAUCAGAAAAUAAGCUUCCAUUUGUAAAAAAAGUGCUAAGUUAGUGGUUUAUGUAAAUUGUCAUGUAUCAAGUUAAUGUUAAUGUAUGUUGAAUUUUAAGUGGGAAAAAUUCAUUUUGCAGCUAAAGUUUCAGGUUACUUUUCAAAUUGUCUUCCGUUAUCAUAAACAUUAUGCUCAUGUUAAAAGCAAUAUUGCAACUGUGUGUCUAGAAUGAUGUCUGAAUUUUGUUAUUCUUUAAUAUAUCAGAGACAUGCUAGGAUACACUAGAUUCUCCUAUUUAAGUGAAUCAUUACAAAAAUAUGCAGACAGAUUGAAAUUUGUUCUUUCGAAUUUUUGAGAAAGCAAAAUAUUAUUAUUUACAUAAUGAGAAAAUUUUACAGAAUUAAUAAAAAGCAUUUUGUUUCUGAUGGUUUUAAUAAUAAUACAUUGUAAUUGAGGUAAAAAAGUAUAAAACUAUAGAUUAUUUUUAAUCAGUUAACAGUUAGGGAACAUUGUGUUUGUAUUUUGUAAAGUUUGGUUACAAUGUUUCCCCAGCGGCUGUGCCAGGGUUUUAUUAGUAAUGUGAAACAUUUUAUCCAUGCUACAUAAAUAUACAAUACUUUGAUGUCUUGUUUAUAUACUUUUAUUUGAGGAAACAUCAAAGACGAUGUUGUUGUUUUUUUUCGCUAACAAAAUAUGUGUUAAUUUUUCACUAGUCUGUGUAAUGUAGUAGGUAUAAAAGCUGGUGUUUUGAUGUGCAGUUUUGUAAGAGAAACAAAUAACUGUUGUUAAAAUGUAAUGUUGUAAAUCUUUGCCAUGAAAAAUUGUAUACAUGUACAUGGUCACUAUAAUUUUCAGUGUGCGUGAUUUUUUUCUCGAACUGAUAUUUUUUUUGAUGACUAUUCUUAUUAAUUUUUUUAUUGACUAUUUUAAAUUGAAAAAUUUGUAUUUAAGGGCACAAUUAUUUUAUUGAUAAAAAAAGAAACUAAAUUUUAAACUAAAAUAAAUGGGCUAUUUUGAUUGGUUUGUUUUGAAAUUCAGAAUUUAAAUUUUGGUCCUAUGGUAAUCUUGCAUUUUUUUUUCUAGGCUGGUUUUAGGAAAAUUUGCCACAUGACUUAUCCCUAGAUGGGUUAUGAAAUUUUAGAUUUAUUACAUUCUUAUGGUAAUGUUAGGAAAAUUAUCUUUUAUUUUACAUAAAUUCCGUUUCAAGUGCUGUUCUUAAUGUUUGAGUCAUUUUACAAUUACAUUAUUAAAUUGGUGCUAUUUUAUUUUUGGAAUGAGUCAUGUAGGAGUAAAACAUAAGUAAAAUUAUUCCAAAUUACAUUGGUGAUAACAUAAAAUAUGCAUAAAGAUGAAGAAAAAGAAAUCAGCUGAUUUGCAUUGAAGUUGAAUUGUUUUUCCUUAAAUAAAUUGAAGCAACUUGAUAACAAACUUUGCAAUACAUGUAGCUACUAAGGUCUUGAAUAUAAUUUUUGUUAACUUUAUAUGAAAUAAAAAAAAUGAAAUACA